ACAGCUGUUUCAAGAAACUCAGCUGUGCAACGCCUGUCGGAUUUUUGGUUUGUUUUGCCGGUUAGCAAAAUUGCAUACUUGCAAGUAUUUUUCUUCAAAUCCGUAAAUUUGUGUAAACAUAUACAUACGUAUUUGCAAAACAAAUAAUGAUUACUUCCGCGAUAUAUUUUGUAUCAUUGUUGCUUGUGUUACCCAAAACACACAGCUGCAGCCAAUCGCCGCCGAAACCCAUUGUUGGCAUGCAGUUAAGUGAUUCUGGGAUGCAUCGCGAACUUUUCUACUCGGUGCAAUUUGCCAAUACGCUAACCAAUAAAAAAUGUGAGUACGUGCUGGAUCAACUGCUACCCGCCGGUGUCUACAUUAAUGUUGAUCAAUUGGAUGAUCUAAAGCGUUUACAGAAAUUAAAUGCAAUCUAUCCGCCAUUCAUAGAUAUUGAAUCGCCAACGGAGAAGUCAAAGUCGUUUACUGUUUUACUAAAAGGUAUUCCGCACCCAACGGACCGUAUUAAAUUGCCUUUACAUUAUCGUUACCACGCGCCCAGCAAAAACCACAAUAAGUUCGCUACUGUUGAGAUACCCAUUCCGAAAUUAUAUAUAAAAUGCGAUACGAAUGACGGCGCUUCUAUUGAUGAAUUACUGGAGACAGCAUCUAAAUACCAAUUUUGCCUUAACAAAGGUAGCAUUAAGUUCGUAACGCAACUAAGCGAAAAUGAGAGCAGUUCGGUUCCCACGACUAACCUUGAAGUCUACGAAAAUUGUGGUUGGUAUUUAAUUGACGUACAUUACCAACUUAAAUCGGAUUUGCGUGCUGACGUACCUAUAGGAAAUGAAAAGGCGUUUUCACCGGUGUUAUAUGUCACAAUCGUCAUAAGUUGGGUUAUAUCUUUAUGGACAGUGUUCCGCACACAUUCCAUUCCUCGACGCAUUAAUUAUAAAUUAGAAGAGCAGCGAAUAUUGCAAAAUAAAAUCAAGUAAUCUUUUAUUAAUAUUUAUGAACAUACAAUAAGUGUACAACUAUCAUUUUGUUCUAAAUAUUCCUUUUUCUUUAUUUAAAAGAG